UUUGAAUGUAGCGUUACGACAUCUGUGUUCAACAGUUAUUUUACGUAAUGAGUGAAUACGUCAGUAAUAUGGAACCGGAGAACACGAAAUAUUCAUUAUUUCAGUCACAAUCAUCAUGUUCUGCCUUCGAAACUGCAGCGGAGGUAUUUUUUUAACAAAUACGCUAUCUUACAUCACUCGUAGGUAACAGCUAUGUGUUCAUUUUCAGACUUGUUAUUUAUUGGAACAAGCAAAGGGGUGGUAUCUCAGUUAAUCAUUCAAGAGCUGUAUGACGAUAAUACAUCAUUUUGUUUCAGUAGUGUUUUAUCGAGGAGCCUAUUUACAAAGCCGAUUUUGAGGCUUGAAACCUCUUCCAAAAAAUCUACACUUGCUGUUUUCAGUGAUGAAAAUCUUACAUUAUGCAACGCUGAGAAAUUAGAGAUCAUAAAUUUUAUUCCGUCUUUUAAAGGCGUUUCAUCAUUUUACUUGUGUUCUUUCGAUGAUGAGAAGGAGAAGCUGUGCAUAGGAUUUAAAUCGGGCUUAAUUCAACUACAUCAUAUUUUUGUAUCAACGAUUAUGCUUGUUUUUGAGAUCAAGCUAUCAGAAGUACCACAGUCUCUCUGCAUCUCGCCACAAUUUUUAUGUGUUGCAUCAAACAGUAGUUACGUAUCAAUAAAUUUGCGUACAAGCAGUACUACAGAGUUACUACGUAAGAAAGAACCUGGACGAAAUUAUAUAGCCUAUUUCACUCAGAAUGAAUUUAUUGUUUCAGGUCCAGGAUCAUUGGGUAUUAUUGUCGAUGCUAAUGGUAUCUCUCAUCGUGCACCACUUCAAUUAUCGUCAAAUAUAGUGGAAGUUUUUGUGUGGAAAAAUUAUUUCUUCACAAUUACUGAUGAAUUUUUUACCAUUCACAACAUCUUAACACAAUCCCAGAUACAAACGGUAAAUCUGCAAAAACCAUCUGUAGCUUGUUUUUCUGCUGACACUCAUUUGUUAUUCUUUACUGGAACACCUGAAUCGAAUACUACCACUACAACCACUAGGAAUAUUCAAGUCUUAGGACCAGAACGUUGGGAUUUGAUUGCACGCAGGUUCAUCUUAACUGGUUGCCUUAAACAAGCUUUUAUUUUACAACAACAAGAACGAAAUCGUCUUAUUCAAAUCAUGCAGUUGCAAGUUGAGAAGUUUAAACAUGAACAACAUUUAUUCAAUCAGAGACGUCAACGUGUACUGGGACUUUUAGGAUUUUAUCAUUUUGAAAAAGGUGAACUAGAUGAAGCAGCUUCUUAUUUUGAACAGAGCGCUAUAGAUAUACGUGAAAUACUAUUUCGGUAUUCUGAUCUUUUGCCAAAAGGUUGUUAUUUCAUGCCAAAUUGGUUCUACAGAUUACAUCAAACUAAUCCAGAAGCUAGCGAUGUCAAUGGUAGCAUUGAUGCUCAAACAUCUGGCAUUAAUCUAAUUUAUGAUUUGUGCAUUUUAAGAGCUGCAGAAGAUUCAAACAAUGAUGAUCUAACUACUAGUUCAUCUUCAUGGUUUAUAAAAUAUGAAGAAUUUCUAUUUAAUUUUUUGCGUAAACAUCAUAAAAGUAAAUUUGUUGAAAAGUAUUUACACUUUGUAGAAACUGCCUUAGUCAAAUUGUAUGUUCGAUUGCAACAGGCUGAUAUUCAACCAUAUCUCUAUGAACUAAUCAUCGAUACAACAUCUUUUAAUAAUUCUCCAUCCAUUGGUAGUGCUCUAACUAAGUCAACUAGCAAUAAUGAUCAAGGUUUAGUUGAUUUGAUUUCAAGCUUGGUAAACAUUGAUGUAGAAGAUUUAACUGUCUAUUUAGAAAAAAAUAAUGCUUAUCAUGCUUUGGCGCUUAUCUAUCGUUGGCAAGGUAAUCUUUCUGGUGCAUUGGAAAUAUGGCGAAAAUUAGUUUACAAUGAAAUCAAUGAUUCAAGUUUUCCAGGAGUAGAAUUCUAUAUUUCCAUAUUGUUAGACCUAUCCACUUAUAAUUCAAACGAUUAUCAAAAGCAAUCAUCCUGUAAAGUAGUUGAUAUUUAUUCACCGAAUGAUACAAAUUAUGAAUUUCCUGUCUAUGCUGAAUUAGUUUGGAAUCAUUUUAUGCAAGCUUUAACAACAAAUCAUGAGAGUAUAGCUGAACAGUUUAUAUUACGUUUGCCUAUUCCUCCAGCUUAUCUUCAUUCAUCAUGUGAAUUAUCUGUUAUUGAAAGCAGUACAAUCAAGGCUUCCGUGGACCAUAGCCUUGCCCCAUCUCAAAUUUUAUCACCUAAUCAUAUUAUUCAAAGUCUUGUUUCUUCUUAUCCAAAUUUGAUUAUGACUUAUUUGAAACAUUUAUGUUCUAGUCUGCCUAACUGUCAUCCAGAGAAUCAUAAUCUGUUAGGCAAACUCUAUUUAAAUACUAUAUUAACGAAAUUGAAGAACACGGACAAUGUAUCUAAUGAUGAAAUGAAAAGACAAAUUCGUGAAUUAAGAACUGAAUUUUGCCAAUUGAUUCGUUAUUCGUCAUUGAUAUCACAUAAAACACUAUUGGAACGGUUAUACAGUGAGAGUGAUGCAGUCCAAAAGAAGUUGGCUUAUGAAUUAGCAAUUCUUGAAGGAAAGGCUAAUAAUCAUGUGAAAGCUUUAAAAUAUCUUAUUGAAGAUAUUAAUGAUUAUAAAGCUGCAUUAUACUAUUGUCUUACAUUCAGUAGUCAACAAUCUAUUCCAUGUAAUAACAAUAAUGCUAUUGUAAAGUGUAAUACUACAACAACUACAACGACAAAAUCUAACUCAUCCAUUACUCAUCAUCCCUGGGAUCCGUGUGAAUUUAUGAAAGAUUAUUCUACUAAUCAAUCAAUAUCCUCUUCAUUAUUUACAACAUUGAUUGAUAUUUGUCUUGAUAGAUUAUUCAUGGACAAGAACAAUUCUAAUAAUAAUGAUGAUGCUGAUAUAAAGAAAAUUAUUUUGAAUCUUUUAAAUAAUCCUGAUUUGAAAUUUAAUUAUUCACAGUUAUUAUCUCGUCUACCAUCAACAUGGAAUAUUCUGGAGAUCAAGUUAUUCUUAUAUCAUGCACUUCGAUCUACUCUACAAGAAUGGUCAGAAAUUCAAUUCGAACAUGGUUUAACUAAAUACAAUGCCAAAUUAUCAAUUACCAAUUUGCCGGAAAAAUCCUAUUGUUUAUUAAUUGAAGAUGAUACCAUUUGUUCCAAAUGUCAUCAAUCAAUAUGUGUGUAUGGUCCAUCGAAUAGUUUUGCAUGGCUUUUACAUGAAAAUCAAAUUGUGCAUAGUCAUUGUUUAUCAUCGAAUCAAUGAUUACAAUUUAUGUCUUUUAUAAGAUGAUGACUUUUUUUUGCUAAUAAUUUAUUUCUGUCUACUUUUUUUUCUGUCCAUUGAUUUCUCACUUUUUUUUCCUUAUUGAUAACUUAAAUGAUUUCAACGGACAUAUCACAUUGUAUAAUAAUAUUGUAUUUCGGUAUUGUUUUCGCUGACUUUUAUUAUUUUUUUUCUUAUUAUUUGAUGUAAAUAUAUUUUUACCUGUCUUCUAUAAGCUAUUCGAUUUUUUUUUCUUUAAUAGAAAUAUAUAUGUAUGUAUGUA